UGGGUCUGAUGGCUCAUUGCGGUGGCUCGAUUCAAGAAAUUCGGUCGAUAAUUUUAACGGACGACCAAUUGAAAGCGUAACUUUUAUAUAGUUUUUGAACUUUUGGAACUUUUAAAAGUGCCAAAGAAAUGGCCAAAAUCUUGUUGGCCAUAUCGCUGCUCCUAGGAGUUUUGGCCUCCGGCGAAAAUCUGGAAACCGCAAGGAUUGAGCCCAAAAUUGUGGGAGGUAGUGCGAUAUCCAUUGAACAGGUUCCCUACCAAGUGUCCAUUCGCCUGACCGCCAACGAUAGGAAAAGCUAUGGCGCCGGACAUUUGUGCGGCGGAGUGGUGAUUUCCCAGCGUUUGGUGGCCACCGCCGCCCAUUGUUGCUACAACCUUAAUACAAACCGAUAUCGAACGGCUGGCGAAUAUGUUGUCGUCAUGGGCAGUACCUAUUUGAAGAGCUCCACAAAUCUCACCCUGGAGUACUAUCUGCAGCAGCUGAUCGUCCAUGAGCUCUACAAUCCGGACACGCUGACCAACGACAUUGCACUGAUGUUCAUCAACGGAUAUAUUCCCUGGGAAUGGCCAACAGUAAAGGCAUUGUCGCUGAACACCCAAGUUGUGGCGACGAGCACCGACUGCCUCAUCUCUGGAUGGGGUCUGCUCAAGCAGUCGGCAUCAUCCAGCAGUAACGCCCUACAGGCGGCCACGGUGCCCAUAGUGGCCUACACCACCUGCCGAAUUUCGUACGGAUCAGUUCCGAUUUCGCAGGUGUGUGCCGGAUAUUUGGCCGGAGGGACGGACGCCUGCCAGGGCGAUUCCGGCGGACCUAUGAGAUGCAACGGGCAGUUGGCCGGAAUCGUUUCCUACGGCUCCGGAUGCGCAAUGGCCGGAUAUCCGGGAGUCUACACUAAUGUCUCGUACUAUAACGGAUGGAUCGUUCAGCAGAACAAUUCGCUGAACUACUCGCACUAUCACAACGGAGGAGUACGGCUGGUAUCGCGAUGGACCUUCCUCGGGUUCCUUCCACUGAUCCUGGCCUUCGUCCUGGAUCACAGAAUCUGGUCACCACCGACGGCCACAGCCGCGCCCAUUGUCAUCCUGCCGAAGGUGGUGGGCGGCUACUCGGUGACCAUUGACCAGGUGCCCUUUCAGGUGUCCGUGCGCCAGCGAUCGAUCCACGAGCGGCACUACGGGAUGGGCCACGUGUGCGGCGGAGCGGUCAUCUCCCAGCGGGUCAUCUGCUCGGCGGCCCACUGCUACGCCAUAAAUACUUCGCUACCGUUGCACUAUCGUGAUCCGGAACUAUAUGUGGUCGUAGGCGGCAGCAGCUCCAUCGAUCGGGUGGAUAGAUUCACCCAGGAAUACCUGGUGCAGCGGAUCAUCGGCCACGAGCGGUACAACAGCACUACGCUGGAGAAUGACAUCGCCCUGCUCUUCCUCAACGGCUUCAUUCCGUGGACUUCGCCUGCGGUGCGGUCCAUUCCUUUGGCCAUCGAUGCGCCCAAAGAGGGCACCACCUGCCUCAUCCACGGCUGGGGAAAAGUCUCUGGGAGGCAGAAAUCGGCUUCGCUGCAGCAGGCUCCAGUGCCGAUUCUGAAAAGGGAACUGUGCCAGGUGAUCUACAAGCUGCCCGCCUCCCAGAUGUGCGCCGGAUUCCUGCAGGGCGGCAUCGAUGCCUGCCAAGGGGACUCCGGCGGACCGCUGAUCUGCGACGGACAUCUGGCCGGGAUAAUAUCGUGGGGCGUGGGAUGUGCGGAUCCUGGAUAUCCGGGUGUCUAUACAAAUGUCUCGAACUUUGUGGAAUGGAUCCGGGCGACCAAUGAAUCGCUGGACUAUACAGAGUAUCGGGUUAUGUUGCCGCUAAAUCUGGCCAGCCGUGCCGUGCGACAGAGCACCUUGGGUUCGCAGGCCAUUCGACCGAGAUUCAAUGUGGAUCCCGGCAGGAUUAUCAAUGGAACGGAGGCCACUUUGGGUGCCACCAGGCACCAGGUGGGCAUCCGCAAGGCCCUCAACGAUGGCUACUUUUUUGGCACAGGACACCUCUGCGGUGGAUCACUGAUUCGGCCCGGAUGGGUACUCACCGCCGCCCAUUGUUUUGUGGAUCAGGUGAUAUACGACGGGACCUUCGUGCCCAAGGAGGAGUUCAUUGUGGUGAUGGGCAACCUGGACCGCUACGAUCGCACCAACACGCUGACCUUCACGAUCGAGGAGCGGAUAAUGCAGUUGGACAAGUUCGUGCUGGCCACCUACGACAAGGACAUCGCCCUGCUGCAGUUGAAUGGUACGGUGCCCACGGGUUAUCCCACCAUUCGGCCGAUAGCCUUGAACAGGUUUCCUGUAGCGGAGGGCGUCGUCUGCCAGGUGACGGGAUGGGGCGAUCGGGAGGAUGGCUACAUCUCCGACAUCCUGAUGACCGUCGAUGUGCCGAUGAUCAGCGAGCAGCACUGCGUGGAGGACAGCGAUCUGGGGCAUCUGAUUGGGCCGGGAAUGAUGUGCGCCGGCUAUCUGGAGGUGGGUGAGAAGGACGCCUGCUCCGGCGAUUCCGGUGGCCCCUUGGUCUGCCAAAGUCAGCUGGCCGGCGUCGUUUCCUGGGGCAUUAAGUGUGCCCAGCCCAGAUUACCGGGUGUCUACACGGACGUGUCCUACUACUACGACUGGAUAUUGGAGAAUAUGGGCGAGGAUCCCAAUUCUGACGGUAGCGGUGAUGGAAGUGGUGAUGGAAGUGGUGAUGGAAGUGGUGAUGGAAGUGGUGAUGGAAGUGCUGUUGGAAGUGGUGAUGGAAGUGGUGAUGGAAGUGGUGACGGAAGUGGUGAUGGCAGCGGAAAUGGCGAUGACGAUAACGAUAACAAUGGAAGUGGAGAUGGAGGUGGUGGCGCCAUGGCCGCCAUGGCCGGAACUCUGACCCUUCUCCUGCCUGGAUUGCUUGCCCUAAAGCUAAUCACUAGUCAGUUCUGAUAGCCUAAAUAAAACUGUAUAAUCUAAGGACUAA